GGUCAGAUUUGCAAAAGCUAUGGGCAAGGAAGAACAGAUCUGCAAGGCAAGGCUGCCGCCGCAGUUUGCUUUUGCCUUGGGAAGGGCAAGGUUUGGCCACCUUCUUUCCUCCCUUCAUUGCUGCAAAUGCCUUUUGCACUCUGGAUCCUGUUUGCAGCAAUUGAAGCUAUAAUGUUGAAGUCAAAGGGGGAAAGUAGGAGGAAGAGAAGAGGGAAAUUAGGAUGUUUUAAAAGCAGUUGUAAAAGUAGGAAGGCAGAGGAUGAAGGGCACUUGGAGGGCAUGGUUUUGUGGUGACCAAAUUGGCGCAGAGGCCUUGGGAGAUUUUCAGGACCCGAAAGCUGUUUCAAAUGCUUCCUUGCUUUGGGUUCUUUUCCAAGCAGAGGCUUCUUCUUCUUCUUUCCCAGAAACAGCCACAAAACUUCCCCUCUGCUUUUGGGCGGCUGCCUUUUUCCAGCUGCUCUUCAUGAACUCUGAGCCGGAUCACAAGGCAAGAGAGAUGGGAGCUUGGCACAAACAUUUCGGAGGGAGAGACGCUGGCCUCGCAACCUCUCCCUUUUUCGGAUUUAACUGUUCCUUUCACACCCGGCUUUGGAAGUCAUUUCCAAGAAGCCGCUCUCAGCUUUCUGUGCAAGAAGUUACUUUCCCUUGCAAGCCAGGGAAGAAGAGCCAGGUUUUGUUGCAAGAGCAACACAUUUCCUUUCCUUUAAUGCAGCAAACAGUACUUCCAGCUAUCAAGUUGUCUUUCAAAAGCAAAAGUGGGCCUGCAGACACUUUCCCCCCAGUUUCUUUCCCUCUUUCUCUUCCCCAUGUAUUUGUCAACACAAGAGUCACAAAAAGUAACUUAGGGAAGCAAGAAGGAGGUUCUUCAUCAGCAGAAUGUUUAAAGGAAAUGGGUCAGUUAAAACAACUCAGAAGUAACAAGUAACGGCAACACAUUUGUAAAGCACUUAUUCCAUGUUAGAUGUUGGAAGAUUGUCAAAAUACACAGCAGUACCCUUUGCAAAAAGGGUUUGAGAACUGCUAGAAAAUGCCGCAUGUGGCAUGGCACCAGACUGCUUUUCCCUGGGUUUUCUUGGCAAGAUUUCUCUGGAGGGGGUUCCCUUCUUCAGAGGCUGAGAGAGUGUGCUUUGCCCAAGGAGAUCCCCAGUCGGUUCCCACGGCUGACUGGGAACUGAACCCUGGAGUCCUGGCCCAAGACUGACACUGGUUCAACACUGCAAUAAAGAGAGAGAAGAGGGACUUCCCCAGGUCCUGCAAUGAGGAACAGGAGCACCUUGCUCUCCUUUCCAAGGCCUGCCCCGUCCUUCCCGCAUCCUGACCUGGGAAGGGAGAAGCAAGGCCUCCCCAGGAGCAUGAGACCCUGCAGAAGCCUGCAGCCCUCCUUCGUGUGUCAGAUCUCCUCUCUUGCUGCCCGCGUAACCGCACCCAAGCACCCUUUGGCCUUUCUCAGCGUCGCGGGCUUCCACCUGCAGACGGCCAGCCAUGAAGCCCGGCUGGUCCUUCCACCUCCUCUGGCCCUUCCUGGCCUUUUCGCUCGCUCUGGCCACGGACCUGAUGCCACGGAUGACCUUCCGGAGAGGGGACUCCAGCCGGCUGAUCACCUCCUUCAGCCGAAAGGGGGUCUUCAACUAUGACACUUUCCUCCUGAGCCAAGACGGGGGGACCCUCUAUGUUGGGGCCAGAGACACCAUUGUGGCCCUCGAUAUCAGCAACCCAGACUCCAUCCAGCUGAAGGGCGAGAUCCCAUGGAGUCCCACUGCCGGGAAGAAGGAAGAGUGUGUCUUCAAGAAGAAAAGCAACGAGACCGAAUGCUUCAACUUUAUCCGGAUCCUGGUGCCGUUGAAUGAGACGCACCUCUACACCUGUGGAACGUACGCCUUCAGCCCCACCUGCGCUUACGUGGACCUGGAGAAUUUUACUCUGGUGAGUGAUGCCAACGGUCAGCCUCUCCUCCAGGAAGGGAAGGGCCUCUGCCCAUUUGACCCCCGGCACCAGAACACCGCCAUCAUUGUGGAUGGCGAACUUUACACAGGCACCAUGAACAAUUUCCAAGGGAACGAGCCCAUCAUUUCCCGCACCAUGGGCAGCCGGACGGUUUUGAAGACGGACAGCUUCCUUACCUGGCUGCAUGCCGAUGCAGCCUUUGUGGCUUCUUUCAACAUCCCCUCUCCGCCGGACGAUGACAAAGUCUACUUCUUCUUUGAGGAAACGGCCAAGGAGUUUGACUUCUUUGAGAAACUGACCGUCUCCCGGGUGGCCAGGGUCUGCAAGAACGACGUCGGAGGGGACAAGGUUCUGCAGAAGAAGUGGACCACCUUCCUGAAAGCCCAGCUCUCCUGCACCCAGCCGGGGCAGUUCCCUUACACCGUCCUCCAGCACAUCUUUGCCUUGCCCCAGCCAGAAGGAGGCGCUCUCUUCUAUGGGGUCUUUGCUUCCCAAUGGCAAGCUGGAAAUCUUGGGAGUUCUGCCGUCUGCGCCUUCAGCCUCGACGCCAUCAAGAAAGCCUUUGAGGGCAAAUACAAGGAGCUGAACAAGGACUGCUCCCGAUGGAUGACCUACAGCGGUCCGGCCAUGGACCCCCGUCCCGGCAGCUGCGCAGUGGGUCCCUCCUCCGACAAGGCCCUGACCUUCAUGAAGGACCACUUCCUGAUGGACGAGAAAGUGAUGCCCACCCACAACCGGCCCCUCCUGGUCAAGCACAACGUGAAGUACACCCGGAUCGCGGUCCACCAGACCCAGAACGCCUCCGGAGCCCCUUACCAUGUUGUCUUCAUGGGGACAGACAAGGGGUUUCUCCACAAGGCAGUGGCCCUCGGAAGCGGCGCCCACAUCAUCGAAGAGGUCCAGCUCUUUGAGAAGCCGGAGGCUGUCCGGAAUCUGCUCCUCUCGCCCGAAAAGGGCAUCCUCUAUGUGGGCUACUCCAAAGGGGUCCUGCAGGUCCCCCUUUCCAACUGCAGCAUGUAUGCCACCUGUGCCCACUGCAUUUUGGCACGGGAUCCAUAUUGCGCUUGGGACGGACGCCAGUGCAGAGACCUCUGGGACGAAGGGGCACAGAACAGGACUGAGUGGCUGCAGGACAUUGAGAUGGGGAAACCGGAGCCCCAUUGCCAGCGUAAGACUGGGAAGGGCCGGGCAGCACCCCGUGUGAGGAACGACCCCGAGGGCACCCUGAUGAAAGUCCUGAACCCUCCCCUGAACUCCAUGGUGAGGCUCUCCUGCCCUCAAGCCUCGGCGCUGGCCAACUACUCCUGGAAGUACCCAGCAGAGAAGAUGGCGGAGGGGCUGGUGGUGGAAGAGGAGAAGGCCUUGGUGGUCAUCGUCCAGAGGGACACUUCGGGGACCUACGAGUGCUGGGCCAACGAGAAUGGCUACCGGCACCCAGUGGCUCUCUACCGCAUCUCCUCGGAGGGCACCGAGGCGGCCAGCGCUCUGGAGAAGACCCCGCAACACCGGGCACAGCCAGUGGGCGAGCACCGUUCCUACUGGGUCCAGUUUGUCACCGUGACAGUGCUGCUGUCCAUGACUUUAGCCGUGGCCGUGGCUUUGGGGUUCUUCUCCUACCAUGACAAGCUGAAAGCCAAGAGCAAAGUCCAGGGGUGCAGCAUCCCCGAAAGCAGCAAGGGCUCUUCCAGCCAGGAGAAGGUGCCCCUCAAUGGCAGCCAGAGCCCUGCUCUUCCUCCUCCAUUGCAAGACACUGAGCGCCAGCCAGAAGGGGGUCCCUCUGUGGAGAACCGCGACGACGGCACCAAGUCCUGCUGCGUCGAAGUCGAAGGUGGCUUCCAGGACAUUGAUGUCGACAACAACCGCUUGAACCCUGGACCAGCCAGCGGGGAGGAGGCCCGAGGGGCCACGGCUGUGGUGGGCAUCUAGACGCCGUUGCCAUCUUCCGGGAGCAACCUUUCCAGAGAAAACCGGAUUGCAGGCAACCUGAAGAGAGAACCAAAUGCUCAAGGGCUAACUGUGGCCAUCUUUCAAAACACCAAGAGAAAACACAAGACCUAGUGUUCUGGUUUCCGGUUCCUUUUUUCUCCCUCCUCUUCUUGGACACGUUUGGACAGAUGCCCACCAUUUGUGCAUCUUCAGGGGUCUGCCCACCCUUUCACCCUCCUUCUCUAGGGCCCCUUCCCAGUGUUUCCAUUGUAGUCUCUCCACCUGUUUCCUCCACAAUUCUCACCAGGAGAGGUUUUCCAAGGGCAAAUCCGUCCUCUCCCCAGUUUGGAGAUGCUUUGGACGGAGGAGAUGGGGUGGCCAGGCUGUGGGGCAGGAUCAGGGCCACCUGUGUUGGCUUUCCUCCUUGGCUUCUAUGGGGAGAUCCAAGGGUGUGAAGUUAGUGGGUUUCGUGCAUCCCAGAAACAAGAGAAAGGGCUACCAGAAGGAAAGGGAGGAAUGGGGUUUUUUUUGAGAGGUUGAGCCAGUUUUCAGUCAGUUUUCAGGACUUCUGGGGACAAGGGGGUGGGUUUGGGAAAGAGAAGCAGCCCUCUUCCACAAGGCAAGGUGAAUCCAGAGGGCAAGAGAAGGAGCAGAGCUUGACCCACUGGGCACCUUCUCCUUGUAGUGACCAAGAGGAGUCCUCCCUGUUUGCUUCUGUGGUUGUGUCGCCAGUGUGCAACUCAGGUGCUCAUCCACUUUGGGUUCAGGGGUUGCGGAGGCGGGAUGACGGCUGGGGGUUCCUGCAUCGUCCUCCAGCGAGAUCCCACUUUGCUCUGCCAUGCUUUGAGGAACCCCAAAGAGCCAUUCACUGCCAGGGUGUUGUGCUUUUUCGCAAAGCAUGACACCCAAACCCUGUGCCAAGGAAGACAGAAUGCUGCUCUGCCGGCAUAAUGUCUUGUCUCCCCCCCCCCGACAGAGCUGAUGUGCUUGCUAUUGUUUGGCCUCAUGGAUGGUGGUUUUAGGGUCAGGUUUAGGGUUAGGGAGCGGCGUGGGGGAAUCGAAGCUAUGCAAAGCCCCCAAGUGCAGGAACCCCCACCCCAAGCCCAGCCCUUUCCCCGGAGGCCUUGCUCUGCCACCAAGCCUCCUUUGGCUUUGGAGGUUUCCCUCAGUCUUCGCCAUCUCCUCUGCAGAGUCCCAAGGGCGAGGGACUUUGUGACUUUGCAGCCAGAAGGGACUUGCUUUCCUUUCUCCCCCCAAAUGCACACUAUUUGGCAGCAACAGUGCCAAUGAAUCCCCUGCCGCCCCAUUUUCCCAGCUGCUUUUAAACUGUCCUCAGCUUGUUCCAAAAUAGCUGCAAAACUGAGUCCAAAGUGCAAAAGGAGUUUGUGCUCCUCCAUGAACGAAAGGGGCGUAGAAUAUGUCCCUCCCCAGUUGGCUCAGGCUCCUGGCUUUGCACAAUCUUCCUCAUUCCUAACGUCUGCCAUAUUGACCGCCCUCCAGUCUCGCUUGGCCAUCGUGGCUCUUGUCUCUUGUCAAACUUUGCAGGAUAUAUGAUGCAAACCUUCAGAACGAGACUAAGGACUUUGAAGUUUGGGUCUGGGAGCGGAGUUCGAGUCCUGCUGCUUCCUUCCUGGACCUAGAAAUCUGCUACUACACAGUAUUUGUUUCAAUGCCACAUUGUUUUGUAUUGUCAGAGGGGGGAUUGAGGGCCACAAAGUGGCAUGUGGCUGUUGCUCCUCAUUGGUUUUAAAGAAGCAUUCCUUUGGAUGGGGGGCUUCCGCGUGGGACCCCUGUCAAGUGUUUGAAUUCAAAGACUUUGCUUUCAGCACUGCCACCGAAGGGCUCUGUGAUGUGCUUGGCUUCGUCCGGCCUGAGUUUGCAAGAUGUGGCUCUGUGACUUUGUGGCUGCAUGGACUCCCCCAGUCCUCCUUUUCCUCCUCCCAAAAAGGGGUCUCACCUGCGGGACCUUUGCCGCCUUAGAUGUCCUCCUAAACAUUGCAAGAAGCCUGCCCUGGGAAAGGAAAAUGUAACUUCUCUGCCUGCGGAGAGGGUUUGGGAUGCAAAGGCCCCCUUGCCAAGCCCCCCUCCUGUGUGCGUCUGCAUGGGUCUUUGUAUGCGCGCGCGCGCGUGUGUGUGUGUGUCCUUUUAUGCACAAGGGCAAUGCUCUGAAGGGUGGGAUUUAAACCCCCCCUCCCCAAAACAUGGUCAGUGUCAAAGGCUGGUUAAUCCUUGAUCAGUUUCCCAUUUCCUCCCCUUGGAAGGAAAAAGACCGGAAGGAAGCAAAUGUGUGUGUGUGUGUGUAUAAUAAUAAUAAUAAUAAUAAUAAUAAUAGGUUUUAUUUAUAUGCCGCCCAGCCAGUCAUCCCUGGGAACCCGAGCGGUUUACAACAGAGGGGAAA